UCACAGUAUAACGCACCUCACAGUCACAGCCAACCCUGGUUGUAUUAAAGGGUCCACCCCCACCCCACUCACGGUCCCCGGAGCCUACCACGCAGACAUCCCAGGCACGCACAGGCACACACAACACACACGCUCUCUCUUACACACACAGACACGCACUCUCAUAAUUACAUCCCAAGCUGAUGCAGCCAUAUAAUCAUGCACCCCCGCCCGCUCCAUCACCUUCCUCAGCAGGUGAUUCACACAGCCCGAGCCAGCUGCCUCUGCCUCCAUCCGCACCCGCACCCGCACCCGGAAACCUCCGGGCCUCCUACGUCCUUCCGCAGCCCCGACCCCGUGUCCCCUCCACUCACCACGCAGAUCACGGUGACCGCAGGGCUGGCGUGAAGUGAACAAGAAGUCGACGUCCAUUAGCUCCCCCAGGGGCCUGUGACAAACAUAGCCCAAGCCGGAAAAGCGCGGACAGAGACACAAGCCGACCUGCGCUGCAGCAGCUGGGAUCUCCGGCUCCAUACGCGAGGCCCUGCGGGCUCCUGGGAGCUCCGGCGCGCACGGGAGUGCGCAGGCGCAGACGACCGACAGUGGGCCGUAGUGAGGUGUUUGGGUCCUAGACGCGUGAGUCUUAGGGGCCCUAGAGAAGGAGAGACCGGGAAGCCCGGGGCCAGGAGGUCAGACUAGGGAAGCGGUGCCCAGCCGAGAGGCCAAGGAGGAAACCGCGAUCAAAGCCGGUCCUGGUUAUUCAGAGAAGGGAGCUGGAACUGGGCCCGCGGACUCUUCCCUUUCCAAAAGAAGAGCUCAAAAGAGAAGGUUCAUCUCUUGCAAAUCUUACAGCUAUGCCUCAGGAUGAACUAGAGUAUGCCCUUACAGGGAUCAGUGUCAUUCAAGGAUGUGACUGUGGACUUCACCCAGGAGGAGUGGCAGCAACUGGACACUGAUCAGAAGGCCCUCUACAGGGAUGUCAUGUUGGAAAACUAUUACCACCUUAUAUCUGUGGGGUUUCACAUGACUAAACCUGAUAUGAUCCGCAAGUUGGAAGAAGGAAAAGAACUAUGGACAACAGAGAGAAUUUUUUCAAGUCAGAGUUAUUUAGAAGAAGAUGGGAAAGCUGAAGAUGUCUUAAUGAAGUUUAAACAAUACCAAGAUAGGCAUUUUAGAUCAGUUGUAUUCAUCAACCAUGAAAGACUAAUUAAGGAAAAAAAUAUUUUGGGGAAGACACUUACUGUAGGCAAGAACUAUAUUAUUUCAAAAACAACACUACAUAAAUAUAAACCUGAUGGAAAGGCUUUGAAAAAUAUUUCAGAAUUAGUCAUUAGAAAUAUAAGCCCUGUAAGAGAGAAGUUUGGUGAGGGUAACGGAUGGGAGAAAUCACUUCUCAAUACAAAGCAUGAGAAAACUCAUACUGCAGAAAAUUUCUAUAAACAAACAGAAAGCAGUCUGAGUAAUAAGCAAGAGCUUAUUAAACAUCAGAAGGUUCAAACUCCAGAGCAAUCAUUUGAACAUAAUGAAUGUGAAAAUUCCUUCCUUAUGAAAGAAAUGUUAUUUACACAUACUAGAACUCAUAGAGGAGAAAGACUCUUUGAAUACAAUAAAAAUGGAACACCUUUCAUUGAAAAGUCAAAUUCCAGUGUCCAUCCACAAAAUCUUAUGGAGAAGAAGUCCCAUGCAUAUAGCAAAUAUGGGAAUUUCCUCUGCAGGAAGCCCAUUUUUAUUAUACAUCAGCCAUCUGAAACAGAAGAGAAACCCUUUCAUUGUUCUUAUUGUGGGAAUAGCUUUAGAAGGAAGUCAUAUCUCAUUGAGCAUCAGCGAAUUCACACAGGUGAGAAACCUUAUGUUUGCAGUCAAUGUGGAAAAGCCUUCCGUCAAAAGACAGCCCUCACUCUUCAUGAGAAAACACACAUAGAGGGGAAACCCUACAUUUGUAUGGAUUGUGGGAAAUCCUUCCGCCAGAAGGCAACCCUCACCAGGCAUCACAAAAUACAUACAGGGGAGAAAGCCUAUGAUUGUACUCAGUGUGGAAGUGCUUUUAGAAAGAAGUCAUACCUCAUUGAUCAUCAGAGAACUCACACGGGAGAGAAACCAUAUCAAUGUAAUGAAUGUGGGAAGGCAUUUAUCCAGAAGACAACCCUCACUGUACACCAAAGAACUCACACAGGAGAGAAACCCUAUAUUUGUAAUGAAUGUGGAAAGUCCUUCUGCCAAAAGACGACCCUCACUCUCCAUCAAAGAAUUCAUACAGGGGAGAAACCCUAUAGUUGUAAUGAAUGUGGGAAGUCCUUUCGCCAGAAGGCAAUCCUCACUGUUCAUCAGAGAAUACAUACAGGAGAGAAAUCCAAUCAAUGUCCUCAGUGUGGGAAAGCCUUUAGUAGGAAGUCAAACCUCAUUCGCCAUCAGAAAACUCACAUAGGAGAGAAACUGUAUGAAUGUAAAGAAUGUGGUAAGUUCUUCAGUUGUAAGUCAAAUCUCAUUGUCCAUCAGAAAACUCACAAGGUAGAAACCAUUGGAAUAUAGUAAAGGAUGUGACUCUUUUUUUAGUAAAAAACUUUUAAAGUCAUAAUAAACCCAGUAUAUGAUGUUGCUUGCAAGUGUAAUAAUAGUCAACAGUUUAAGGUACUAUAUCACAUAUUUACUUACUGUUUGCUAGCCUAUAAAACAUACAUACAAAAUAAUUACUAGACAAAUUAAAUGACAAAAGUCAUUGAAAAUACAAUCCCCAGUUUUCUAUUGUUACAUUCAUCAGAUAUAAAAUUUCUGUCAAGUUGCUACACAUAUUUAAAAUUACUUAUUUUUAAUUGAAAUACCUACCUUAUUGUGAACCAGUAAUAUACAGUUGGUAUGUGAACCACACUGUGAACAAAAAACUUAAAAAGGAAGGAGGUGUGAAUUGUAUUUCUCAUUGCAAAUAUGGAAUAAAAACUGUUACCUCCUCAGAGUUAACCAAAGUUCUAACUUCUAACAUUAUAGUUUUUACUUAUUGUUAACUUUUAUAUAAAUUGGAUUAUAUAUCAUGUAUUUUUUCA